AUGGGCGACAUGGAGCUGCUGCUGCCGGGCGAGGCUGAUGUGCUAGUGCGGGGACUGCGCAGCUUAAAGCUGCGCGAUAUGGGCUCCAGAGGGUGGAACCAGCAGCAUGAGAACCUGGAGAAACUGAACAUGCAGGCCAUCCUCGAUGCCACGGCCGGCCAGGGCGAGCCCAUCCAGGAGCUGCUGGUCACCCAUGGGAAGAUCCCAACACUGGUGGAAGAGCUGAUUGCAGUGGAGAUGUGGAAGCAGAAGGUAUUCCCCGUGCUGUGCAAGCUGGAGGACUUCAAGCCCCAGAACACAUUUCCCAUCUACAUGGUGUUACACCACGAAGCCUCCAUCAUCAACCUCCUGGAGACAGUGUUCUUCCACAAGGAGGCAUGCGAGUCAGCAGAGGACACCGUCUUGGACUUGGUGGACUAUUGCCACCGCAAACUGACUCUCCUGGUGGCCCAGAGUGGCCGUGGUGCCCCCCCUGAGGAGGAGUCCCAGCACAGCACCCCCAUGCAGGAACUGCAGAAGCAGGCAGAGCUCAUGGAAUUUGAGAUCGCACUGAAGGCCCUCUCAGUGUUGCGCUACAUUACAGACUGUGUGGACAGCCUUUCUCUGAGCACCUUGAGCCGCAUGCUCAGCACCCACAACCUGCCCUGUCUCCUGGUGGAACUACUGGAGCACAGUCCCUGGAGCCGGCAGGAAGGAGGCAAGCUGCAGCAAUUUGAGAGCGGCCGUUGGCAGACAGUGACCCCCUCGGAGCAGCAAAAGCUGAGCAAGUUGGAUGGGCAGGUGUGGAUCGCUCUAUACAACCUGCUGUUAAGCCCUGAGGCCCGGGCCCGCUACUGCCUCACAAGCUUUGCCAAAGGACAGCUACUCAAGCUCCGGGCUUUCCUCACAGACACACUGCUGGACCAGCUGCCCAGCCUGGCAGACCUGCAAGCUUUCCUUGCCCACCUGGCCCUGACUGAAGCCCAGCCCCCUAAAAAGGACCUGGUGUUGGAACAGAUCCCAGAAAUCUGGGAGCGGCUAGAGCGAGAGAACAAAGGCAAGUGGCAGGCUAUCGCCAAGCAUCAGCUGCGGCAGGUAUUCAGCCCCUCGGAGCAGGACCUGAGGCUGCAGGCACACAGGUGGGCUAAGAUCUACAGGCUGGAUGUGCUCGAGGCAGUGGCUCCAGAGCGGCCCCGCUGUGCCUCCUGCAGUGCGGAGGCCUCCAAGCGUUGCUCCCGGUGCCAGAAUGAGUGGUAUUGCUGCAGGGAGUGCCAAGUCAAGCACUGGGAGACGCAUGGAAAGGCUUGUGUCCUGGCGGCCCAGGGGGACAGAGCCAAGUGA